AUUUAUUUGAGCAUAUGGAGAAAAUUCAGUUUAUUUUUGUGUCUUUUAGCGAUGAGGUCUAUUUCAUUUUUCUUUACUGGAGUAUUAUUCAUUAUCCUGUUAUGCUACAGCCUGUAUACGUACACAGAAAUUAACUCGAUGAAAGUUAGUGAAAGUUUAAGUCCAGUGAAAACAGAAGCAAUUAUAGAAGAUAAAUCUGUGAUUAGAAAUCUAGAGAGUCAUAGAAAAAUUCACACAAAUGAAGAUAAAAUAUUUUUUGUGGAAUCACAAAAUUCAGUUCACCAUAAACUAAGUGGUCGACAAGCAUGCAGCAUUGAAUCUGCUGCUUUAAUGAAUGCAAAUGCUACAAUAUUUGUAAUAUUUCUAACACCAAAGGAUCAUGUAGAAUUAGAACAUACAAACUUAACAGACAUUUUGCUGCAAAUCAAGAAUGUUUAUUUUGUGUAUUUAAACAUAAAGUAUUUCUCCAAAGAUACUCCACUGGAGGAUUGGAUUAAGACUGAUGAAUUGAGUAAUUCCAAGUAUGUUGUAUCACACACAUCCGAUGUGCUACGUUACUUAUUGCUAUAUAAAUAUUCAGGCUUAUAUCUUGACAUGGAUGUCAUCACAACAUAUCCAUCUGCUCAUAUAAAUUUAACAAAUUUUGCAUGUGCUGAGAGUUAUAAAUGGAUUAAUGGUGCUGUACUAAAACUUACCGGCAAUAGUGGACGUAAAAUGGCUGAAAAUCUCAUUCUUGAGGUUAAAAAAAAUUUUGAUGGUGAGAUAUGGGGCAGGAACGGUCCAGAAUUACUAUCUAGAACUAUAAAAGAGUUAUGUGAUGUCUCAAAUUUCUACUCAACAACAAAAUGUAAAAACUUUACGAUUCUCGAGAGAGACAAAUGCUAUGCCAUAAGCUGGGAGGAAUGGGAGAUGCUAUUUCAAUCAAGAGAUUUUAACAUUGCAAGGAAGCGUACAAGAAAUUCAUACUUUAUACAUUUGUGGAAUCAUUUCAGCGCUAGUCGUAAAUCUUAUAAAAGUUCACAUAAUGCCUUAAACAGAAUUGCUGAAGAAUUUUGUCCGAAAGUUUACGAGUCUCUUGACAUUUACUUUUAGAUUGAUGAAAUUGAGUUUUAAGCACAAAUUAAUUUUUAUGAGAUUUUUUUUUGGAAGAUUUUUGACGCUUAUAAAUUAAUUGAGAUAUUAGAACCAAAGAGCAUAAGAAUAUGUUGUUAAUUCUCAUAAUCUGAGCUGUGAUUGUAAAUAAUUAAAUAAUAAAUCUUUCAGCUUCUUAUGAGCUUACUACUAUUUUUCUUAGUAACUUGAACCAAAUUGUGAUUUACUAUAUUUUAAUGAGAAAAAAUACUGACAUUUGAUACUAAUUGGAA